GAUACUGCAGAAGCAGGGAGUAUAGGAAAGCUCAGGGUGCCGUGUCCCCGGGGCGUCCUGGACCCCUGGACAUGACAGGAAGGGAUCCCUUGCAGCUUUCCUGGCUGAGGGUGAUUUAGAGACUUCCCUGAAGACGCGCAGUUCGCUGCGUUCUGAGUGGGCUCUCGGCUCAGGAUGGCUAACGAUUCGAGAAAGAACGCAGCCUUGGACGCUGGGUGUGCAGAGGAACAGACAAGGCUCCUGAUUGUGAAGCUGGAAACGGAGGACGCUGCUGCGGAGGCAGCGCAGGCCAGUGCGCCCGGCAGCCCCGCCGCCGCCACUGGCUCCGAAGGCUCCCGCCAGCGCUUCCGUGCUUUCCGCUACCCAGAGGCCACGGGUCCCCGCGAGGCACUUGGCCGGCUCCGGGAGCUCUGCCGACGGUGGCUGCGGCCCGACCUGCACAGCAAGGAGCAGAUCCUGGAGCUGCUGGUGCUGGAGCAGUUCCUGACCAUCCUGCCCAGGGACCUGCAGAGCUGGGUGCACACGCAGCGCCCCGAGAGUGGGGAGGAGGUGGUGGUGCUGUUGGAGUAUUUGCAGCGGCAGCUGGAUGAGCCGACACUGCAGGUCCCAGGUGGUGGCCAGGAGCAAGAACCAUUGCGUUGGAAAAUGGUACUUUUGACCCCAUCUCAGGGGUCCCAAAGCAAGCCACUCCAACAGGUGAAGUUCCUGAUCAAGCACGAAUCUCUGGAGUCCCAGCCCUUACAACACAGAGUUCUCCAGGGUUCUGAGCUUGUCCAGGGAGAGAGCUGCCAACAAGGUGCAGUGGCCGGUGCUAGGCUCACUCCAGAGUUCCAGGGGUUCCUGAAAAUGGAAGAUGUGGCCCCAACUGCCUCCCCUGGUUGGAAACAGCUGAAUUCAUCUUGGAAGCACCUCGAUCGAGUGGAAAUUAAGGAGUCCUGUAGCAGCCUGAUUUCCCUGGGUGGUGACACACAGACUAAGAUCAGGAUCUUGCCUCCAGCUGAGCCACAUCCAGAGCAAGAGCCAGGACAGACACCAGGCCACUUGAAUGGUGACAUUGCCCGGAUUCCCACACAUGCGCAAGCUGGGGAGCCAGAGGGCAGGUUAAAAAGAAAGCACCAGAAUGCCACAGGGAGUGGGCAGCACAUUUGCCAUGAGUGUGGGAAGAGUUUUGCACAGAGUUCAGGCCUGACUAAACAUAGGAGAAUCCACACUGGAGAGAAGCCUUACCAAUGUGAGCGAUGUGGGAAAGCCUUUCUUGGGAGCUCUGCUCUUGUCAUUCACCAGAGAGUUCACACCGGGGAGAAGCCCUAUGAGUGUGAAGAAUGUGGCAAAGUAUUCAGUCACAACUCAAACCUUAUCAAACACCAGAGAACACACACUGGGGAGAAGCCCUACAAGUGUAAUGACUGUGGAAAAGCCUUCAGCCAGAGCUGCAGUCUCCUUGAACAUCACAGAAUCCAUACAGGGGAGAAGCCAUACAGGUGCACUGUGUGUGGCAAAGCCUUUAGGCGGAGUUCACAUCUCCUGAGACAUCAGAGCAUCCAUGGGGGUAAAAAGAUUCAGGAAUCUGAACAUGGGGAGGCCUGAAAAUGCCAGGCUAAGACAGAAAAUGUCCAAACUCCCGUGUCUUAUAAAUGUAGUGAGUGUGAAAGAA